GAAUCGGGAGUAGUCUCUGCGCAUGGGCGCCUUGUCUCUCAGUUAACCGAAUAUCUAGAUGGCAUGCGGGUCUACCUGGAAAGUAUGCUCGAUCAUCCCGUAUGUUUGGCCGGCUUUGUUGGCCUCUCCGGUCUAAUACGAGUGGGGCAGCUCGUGCCGCCGCCAUUACCGCCUACCCUUACUACAACCAGUCUCUUCUUACCAUCUGGGCUGUCUUCUGGACCACAAGCGUGUAAUAGUGGUGCAGUUGUUGCUAGCGCCUCAGCCUCUGCCGUUGCUUGUUCACCUGCCGCAAUAACUUCAGUAGUUAGUGCAUCUCCUCUGCUGCCUGGACUCUCCGCCGGCAUUAAUUCUUCGAACCCAGGCCUGGUUGGAACUGGCUCAGCUGGUUCUCCUAUGUCCGUUUCCUCCAGUGGCGUUGGGCUAUCCACUGGAACGCCUGGGUUGACCGUAUCUGGGCUCAAUAGUUUUGGAGUUUCGCCCCCUACGAGCGGCAGUUCCACAGGGACCAUUAUCACGAGUGGCUUAUGUGUCAACUGCAUGUCCAGCUCCAAUAUCACUGGAUCCCCUAGUGGUGGACUUCAUGGCUCUGUGGCCUCUGGGAAUUCUGGCUCUACCUCUUGCUCAUCACAAAAUAAUGCAUCUACCGGCGGAAGCGGAGGUCUGGGGGUGACUGGUUCUUCUUUGGCUCCGUUGUCAUCAGUUGCCGGUACCUCCAAUAGUGGGGUGAGCAAUAAUCCUGCUGCUGCAUCAUCAACAGCAACAGGACCUCAAGCGACAGGACUAGUAGCUUUGUCAGCCAAUAUAACCAAUUCACCUUCCAACCAGGGCACUCCUAGCUCUAUCUCUUCUGGUGCUCCCCUCCCGCCGCCACCACCACCGCCUCCUCCCCCUGCGCCCCAGGCAGCUACACCUACAUCUAGCCUCACUACUACUCCACCUGCUUCAUCGGCUGUUGACCCAAUUGUAUUAGACGAAACGAGAGUACAUUUCUGCGUAUUUGUUCGCGAUCUUCUUCGUCGGAUGCCAGAGUCCAUGCAGAAUAACUUGUUGAGUCCUUUGAUUCGGCAUCAACUCUUUCUGCUUUUCUCCCAAUGGAGCGGUCAUCACGAAUUUGUCCUUGGAACCCACCCUGCAAUUUCGGAAGCAGGUAUUCUGGCCAAGGCCUCUGCUAGCUCUUCUUCCGAGGGAUUCUUAGGUUUAUCGCGCUGCGACGCCAGUCUCCUCUCAAGUUCGGUGGAUCUACAUUUUCGUGGUACUCCACCAUACCGCAGUGCUUAUCCCUCCGCCUAUUACCAUACAUCAUCUGCAUCGACCUAUCUCCUACCUGACGAUUCAGCCACCGUCUCUCUUGACUCGGGUCUUGAUCUCAUCACCUUUGCCUCUUCCUAUCGUCGCCUACUUACCUCCUCCUCAGAAGCACUUUCUACCUACAGCACGGAAAAGCAAGCUACUAUGGCUAUUGCUGCCUUAGAACAGACAGCUCAGCUAUCGGGUCAAUAG